AUGACCCUUUACAUCAACUCCAACAACCUUGCCAUCUUCCUCUCUAAGCUAAAAUUUGUGGAUCCGCCACACUGCGGCCCGGGGCACGGCAUCAGCAUCGGCAGCCUGGGGCGGUACAAGGAUCAGAAGGACGUGACGGACAUCACCGUCAAGGAUUGCACGCUCAAGAAGUCCAGCAACGGCCUCCGGAUCAAGGCGUACGAGGACGCCGCGUCCGCGCUCACCGCCUCCAAGAUCCACUACGAGAACAUCAAGAUGGAGGACGUCGGGAACCCCAUCAUCAUCGACAUGAAGUACUGCCCCAACAAGAUCUGCACCAGCAGCGGCGCCUCCAAGGUCACCGUCAAGGAUGUCUCCUUCAAGAACAUCACCGGCACCUCCUCCACCCCCGAGGCCGUCAGCCUGCUCUGCUCCGACAAGAUCCCCUGCAGCGGCGUCACCAUGGACAACCUCAAGGUCGAGUACAGCGGCACCAACAACAAGACCAUGGCCGUCUGCAAGAACGCCAAGGUCACCGCCACCGUAUCCCUCAAGGAGCUUGCAUGCGCAUGA